AUGGACCCAUAACUGGAUUAAUACAUGAAAAUUAAGAAGGCUCAUUUCAUAAAUUCAAGCAUAAAAAGUAGUGAUAAUAAUUGUACUUUAAUAGCAAAUAUAAAGAAGGACUAUAAAUUCAUAAAGGAAAUAGGAGCAGGUGGUUUUGGGGUAGUGUUUGAGACUGAAUAGAAAUCAACAGGUAUUAAAAGAGCAAUUAAAGCAAUUGCAAAAGAUCGUGUAGUAGAUAAGGAAAGCUUCAAGAAUGAGUUAUCGAUCCUUAGAAAGAUUGAUCAUCCAAAUAUUCUGAAAAUGUAUGAGGUAUACGAAACCGAGAAGACUGUGUAUUUGGUAACAGAGAUGUGCGAGGGUGGGGAACUAUUUUACUACAUCACCAAGACUUAGCAUUUGACUGAGAUGCAGGCAGCCAAGAUAAUGAGAUAAAUAUUUACAGCAGUAGCAUAUCUACAUGAGCAUAAAAUAGUUCAUAGAGAUUUGAAGCCAGAGAAUUUCUUAUUGAAAAAUAAGGAUGAUGAGUCUUCAAUUAAAUUGAUUGAUUUUGGAUUGGCUAGAUUUUUCAGGGAAGAUGAAGUCAUGACCUAGCCUAAUGGCAGUCUCUUCUAUAUAGCUCCAGAGAUCAUUAAAGGCCAAUAUUCAUAUGAAGUUGAUUAUUGGUCCUUGGGAGUGAUUUUAUACGUGAUGAUGUGUGGAUAGCCACCAUUUCCAGGAAGGAAUCCUUAAGAGACUAUAAAGAAUAUAUAGAAAGGAAUAUUCACAUUUUCAAAGGCUGGAUUCAAGGGAGCAAGUGAAGAAGUUAGGGAUUUAAUUUAGAAAUUGUUAGUGAUGGAGCCUAAGAGAAGAUUUACUGCUAAAUAAGCUUAUAAUCAUCCUUGGGUAUAAUAAUAAGUUAGUCAUGAAUUGAUGAAUUUGAGAUUGCAUGAUGAUUACUAUCAAAGGGUCUAGAGAAUAAUGAUAAAUGCAUAAUAAAUGAAGAAAACAAUGUUAUUAUAUUUAGCAACAUUUAUACCUGAAAAUGAAGUAACUUCAUUAAGAUAAUUAUUUGUCUCAUUGGAUAAGGAUGGGAAUGGUAUGAUUUCAUUGGAAGAAAUGAUCGAAGGAUUGACUGGGUUUAAAAAUAUGAAACAUAAAAAUAUGGAUAAGAACUUCGUAACUCAAUUGUUUAAAGCUAUGGAUAUUGAUUAAAGUGGAUAUGUGGAUUACAGUGAAUUUAUAGCUGCAUUUCUGGUGUGUCCAUAGUUUUAAAAUGAAAGAUACAUUGAAGAAUAAUUUAAAAGAAUAGAUUAAGAUAACAGUGGCAGAAUAUCUAAAAAUGAAUUGAUGGAUAUUUUUCAUACUGACACUAUAUCCAUAAAAGACUUAGAUAUUGAAGAAUUGAUUAAACAAGCAGAUAUAAAUAAAGAUGGGGAGAUUGAUUAUUAAGAAUUCAUGAUCCUUUUAAGGGAUAGAUUUGCAGAUUAGAUUAAACAAUGA